GAACAAACUAUUGGGGUCCAUGUUAUACAUCGUCGGAACAUACUUUACAUCAAGGACUAUACUUGGGAUUCCUGGUGUGAUUGCGUUUCUUAUAUAUAAAUGGCGUAGGAGGCAUUUAUCAAUCUAUGAUGCAGUUGAAGAAUUUUUGCAAAGCCACAAUAAUCUCAUGCCAAUACGGUAUUCUUAUUCCGAAAUUAGAAAGAUGAGUAAAAGUUUCAAAGACAAAUUAGGUGAAGGAGGAUUUGGCACAGUAUUUAAAGGAACGCUUCGCAGUGGUCGUCUUGUGGCUAUAAAGAUGUUAGGUAAGUCCAAAACUAACGGACAAGAUUUUAUCAAUGAAGUUGCAACCAUCGGAAUGAUUCAUCAUGUUAAUAUAGUGCAACUAAUUGGUUUUUGCGUUGAAGGAUCAAAACGAGCUCUAGUAUAUGAGUUCAUGCCUAAUGGUUCCCUGAAUAAAUACAUAUUUUUGCCAGAAGUAAGUACACUCCUAAGCUAUGACAAAAUGUAUGAUAUAGCUCUAGGAGUAGCUCGUGGCAUUGAAUAUCUGCAUCAAGGAUGUGACAUGCAGAUUUUACAUUUUGAUAUCAAGCCUCACAACAUUCUUCUUGAUGAGAAUUUUACUCCAAAGGUUUCUGACUUUGGCCUAGCAAAAUUAUAUUCAGUAAAUGACAGCAUUGUUUCUUUGACUGCUGCAAGAGGGACAUUAGGAUACAUGGCUCCUGAGUUAUUCUACAAAAACAUUGGAGGCGUCUCAUACAAAGCUGAUGUUUAUAGUUUUGGAAUGUUACUAAUGGAAAUGGCUGGUAGAAGAAAGAACGUAAAUGCAUCUGUAGAACACUCGAGCCAAUUAUACUUCCCUACUUGGGUCUAUGACCAAUUGAACAACGGAAACAACAUAGAAAUGGAAGAAGCCACAAAUGAGGAAAAGAAGAUAGGAAUGAAGAUGAUCAUUGUUGCGUUGUGGUGUAUACAAAUGAAGCCAAGUGAUCGCCCUUCAAUGAACAAAGUCAUACAAAUGCUCGAAGGAGAAGUUGAAUACUUACAAAUGCCUUCCAAGCCUUUUCUUUCAUCGCUAGAAAGAAUUACAACAGGUGGUGGAGAGAAUUCGAAUCAAUCAAAUGAAUCAAGUGAAUCCUCUCAAAUUUAAUAAUUUUUAUGCGAGUUUUUUGAUUUAUUAUAUACCCGCUGAAUGAGACAAUUAGUUUUCUCAUAUAUAUUUGAUAGCAUAAAUAUGCUUAAUAUUUGUGUGUAACAAAUAAGAGUUUGUUUUAUUUG